AUUUUGCAUUUCCAGCACACGGCAAUCGCUGAGACUAACUCUCCCCUGUCAGCUACAGCACACUGCUUUGUAUGGCUCUUCAUAGCAGAGCCAUACAAAGCAGUGUGCUUACAGUGUAAAGCACACACACAGCGAGAGAGCACACAGUUAACCCUUUGAUCGCCCCAGAUGUUAACCCCUUUCUGCCCAGUGUCAUUAGUACAGUAUUAGUGCUUUUUAUUAGCACUGAUCACUGUAUUAGUGUCACUGGUGAUGUCAGUGACAGUUAGUCAGUUCUCCACAGUGUCAGAAUGUUUGCCGCAGUCCCACAAUAA